CACGGGAGCGCGCCUCCCUCCUCUGCUCUCCGCGCUGCGCUGUCACGCGUUACUACCAACAGGGAGGAAGUUACUGAGAUUGGAAAAGGAAACAACAACUCGUCAAAACUGUACCAAACUAAAGCGAGGACGGAGGAGAAGCGGAACAAGAGCACCUCCACACCGAGGACAUGGAGUAGAGGCGGCGGCGGCUCGCAGCACAUGGACGCGGUGAGAAGUUUGCUGUUUGUCGGGGCCGCGCUGCUGCUCGGAGCGACAGGCGCGCGGGGCAGAGAAGUAUGCCUGGGUACAGAUAUGAAGCUGGCCCUGCCCUCCAGCCUGGAGAACCACUACGAGACUCUGAGGCUGCUGUACACUGGCUGCCAGGUCGUCCAUGGCAACCUGGAGAUUACACACCUUCAUGGAAACCCGGACCUGUCCUUCCUACAGGGCAUUGUUGAGGUGCAGGGUUACGUGUUUGUGUCUCACGUGUCGGUGAGUAUGGUGCCUCUGGACAACCUCCGCAUCAUCCGAGGCAGCCAGCUCUACAACUCCAGCUAUGCACUGGCCGUGAUGGACAACACUCUGAGCGGUCAGGGGCUCAGGACUCUGCGGCUGCGUAGCCUCACAGAGAUCCUCUCGGGGGGCGUGUACAUUUGGGGAAACCCGCAGCUGUGCUUCCCUGACCCUCAGAACAUCAUUUGGAGAGACGAGCUGAAUGAGAAGAACUUUCAUGAGAGGCAGUACCGUCUGCAGCCUCGGGCGUCUCAAUGUCCACCUUGUUACCCUGCAUGUGGGAAAAGCUGCUGGGGAGAGACUGCACAGGACUGCCAGAGCUACACUCGCGCCUCGCUUUUUCCUCCUCAGUGGCGCGUGCAUGUAGAUUGGGGCUGUCAGAGGUGCAAAGGUCCGUUGCCCAAUGACUGCUGCCACCAGCAGUGUGCUGCUGGAUGCACGGGACCCAAAGAUUCUGACUGUCUGGCGUGUCAUCACUUCAACGACAGCGGUGUCUGCAAAGACAACUGUCCUCUACCAACCAUCUAUGACCCCAUCUCCUUUCAGCUCAAACCCAACCCAAACAGGAAGUUUAACUUUGGAGCCACGUGUGUCAAGACGUGUCCUUAUAACUACCUGGCUAUGGAUAUGGCCUGCACUUUGAAUUGUCCCAUGGCCAACCAGGAAGUUAUCAUCAGCCAUCCUGAUGGAAGUGAGACACAGAAGUGUGAGAAAUGUGACAACUGUCACAAAGUGUGUUAUGGUCUGGGCAUAGAUAACCUUGGCAUCAUGGACAACCACGGCAUUACUAUGGUAACGUCCUCUAACGUGGAUCAGUUCAACAAGUGUAAGAAGAUCUACGGUAGUCUGGCCUUCCUCCCACAGAGCUUUGCAAGGGACCAUGUGACUAACACGUCUGCUCUAACUCUGGAGCAGCUGAACUCCUUCAGAAACCUGGAGGAGAUCACAGGUUAUUUGUACAUUGAUGCGUGGCCUGAAGAGUGGACUGAUCUCAGUGUGUUUGAGAACCUGAAGGUGAUUCGAGGCCGGUCGCUCUACAAGUAAGACAUAUGAGA